AUGUUACGUUACAUCACCACAGGCUCUCUGGGCAGUCGCGUUGCACAGGGUCGGUGUUUCAGUAAUCUGGGCUUUGCUCUGGUAGAAGUGGGUGAACUGGAGGAGGCGUGGGAGAGUUUCUUACAUGCACAACAGGCAUUCAGAGACACAGAUGACCCAUCCGGUCAGUGGCAGGUCUGUGAGGGUCUCGGUGGGAUCAAACUACAGAUGAGAGACCCAGAAAAAGCCUCUCAAUAUUAUAAAGAUGCUUUACAACUGCUGUGUAAAUGCCAGGACGUAUCGAGUUCAGUACAGGAACGACUGGUCACUAAACUGAGUGAAGCAUUACAGCAGAAGCUGCUACUCCAGCAGGUUGGACCCCCAAAACAACGAGCUGCACCAGAGAGACAACAUCACAGACAGCAGAAACGGCGGGCAGCAGUGAUCUCUGACACCCAGCAGAACAGAAGACCGAUGCUGAAUGGACACACAUGA